ACACAGAGAGAGAGAGAGAGAGAGAGAGAGAGAGAGAGAGAGAGAGAGAGAGAGAGAGAGAGAAUUAAGGCGGCAAUGGAUAAUCUGCCACCAGGUUUUCGUUUCUACCCAACGGAGGAAGAGCUGAUUUCCUUCUAUCUACGUAACAAGCUAGAAGGGAGGGGACCAGACCUGGAGCGAGUUAUUCCCGUUCUCGAUAUUUACUCCAUGGAUCCAUGGUUCCUCCCCAAUUUUUCAGGGGAGGUGUGUCAUGGAGACCCUGAACAAUGGUUCUUCUUCACGCCAAGACAAGCGAGGGAAGCUCGUGGAGGAAGACCCAACCGAACCACCAGUUCCGGAUACUGGAAAGCUACUGGCUCUCCUGGCUACGCCUACUCCUCAGGGAAUCGAGUCAUCGGAAUGAAGAAAACCAUGGUGUUCUACAAAGGAAAAGCUCCUAGUGGAAGGAAAACUGAGUGGAAGAUGAACGAGUAUCGAGCUAUCCUUGGACAACCACCCUCUUCUUCUUCUUCUUCUUCAACUAAUUCAACUCCAAAUCCAAUUUUAAGGCAGGAAUAUAGUUUGUGUCGUGUGUACGUAGGAACGGGGAGCUUGCGAGCAUUUGAUCGAAGGCCCUCAGGAGCCAUGACAAGCGAGAUGGCAAUGUACCAACACCAAGCAGCUGCUGCUUCUUAUGGAGCUGGGACGACCAGUGGGACUGGGGAUAUGACCACCACCACCACAUCUCAUCGUCAGGACAGUUCAUCCUCAGGUGGAGAUGAAACUACUCAUCCCCCUCAGACUGGUGAAAGUAAUGAUUGGGAGAUGACAGAGGAUGAUCUUCAGUCCCUUUUGAACUGGGAAAACUUAAACUGGGAUUAG